AUGGUGAGAACGUCCCAGCUAUGUUUCAACUGCUUAGCACCAUUUCAUGCUUCGGAAAAUUGUAAAUCAAAGUAUACGUGCUUAAAAUGUAAACAGAAGCACAACACGCUCCUGCAUUAUGAGAACCAUACGACUAUCGCCAGCAACAACAGGAAUAACGACCAAUUUGGCGAUAACACUCCUACUGCAUCAGCACAACACUCAAGUAACAUUGCAGCCCUUGCCACAGCAGGAAGAGGUCAUGUAUUCCUUUCCACAGCAUCUGUCCUGGUUGCAGACAACAACGGUCAAUUAAGGAUAUGUCGCGUUAUAUUGGAUAACGGAUCGCAAAUGAAUUUUGUGUCCAAAAAUUUCGCCAAGUUGUUGCAACUUCCACGUCAUAAAACCAUGGUGCCGGUAAGUGGAAUUGGAGCCGGUCAGAUACAGUCAGUCUCUUGUAUAUCUGUUAAAGUGACAUCUCGUGUAAAACAGUUUGAAGUAGAUUUAGUUUGUCAUGUAUUGCCAGUAGUGGUUGAUGGCUUACCUAAUUGUCCAAAACCAGCAAGCGGAUGGGACAUACCAGAAGACCUGAUACCGGAGCUGGCUGAUCCCUUCUUUGACGUUUCGGGAAAGGUUGACCUACUCAUCGGCGGUGGAAUGUUCUUCGAUCUAUUCGAGCCAAAAAGAGUUCGGUUGCCAGCUAGAGGUGUCUGCUUGCAAGAUUCAAAGUUUGGUUGGGUAGUAACAGGAGAAAUUGGCACUACCUCGCUUUUAGCUACAUGCUCUAUUGGACAAGCAUAUGAGGACAAAUUUAGAAUUCUAUGUAAGGAUGAGCUUGAGGCAUAUGGAGCAUCAUCCAAGUCCAAUAAGAAAUGCAUUGAAGAGCAGAGAGCUCUAAAGCAUUUUGAGGAAACCGCGAAUCGAGACGAGACGGGCCGGUUUGUGCUGCGACUUCCAUUGAAACCUGAAAAAUGUAAACUUGGAAGCACGCUAGAGAUGGCCACCACUAGAUUCCUGAGUGUUGAGCGAAGGCUUCAGAAGGAUGAAGAACUGAAGAUGCAAUAUAUAAAUUUCAUGGAGGAAUAUUUGAAAAUGGGCCACAUGAAAAAGGUGUGUCAAGAUUUAAAUCCACCUGAAUAUGUUUUCUAUCUUCCCCACCAUCCAAUAAUUAAAUUGUCAAGCCUCACAACGAAGCUGCGAGUCGUUUUUGACGCAUCGGCUAAGAGCUCUUCGAAUAUAUCGCUGAAUGAUGUCCUUAUGUGUGGACCGACAGUCCAAGAGGAACUGUUUUCAAUUUUGGUAAGAUUUCGCAGAUAUCAGUUUGUUAUAACAGCAGAUAUAGAAAAAAUGUUUAGGCAAAUAAACGUAGCUUCGGAGGAUCAAGAUUUUCAGAGAAUAGUUUGGCGGUCGCAACCAGAUGAAGCGCUACAAAUCUAUCGCCUCACCACUGUGACCUACGGGACGACAGCAGCAUCAUUCAUGGCCACCAAUUGUUCAAUAUCGUUAGCGGUAGGUGCAAGAGAAAGUCAUCCAAGGGUUUCAAGAAUCAUACAACGUGACUUCUAUAUGGACGACUUAAUGACCGGCGCCGAUACAACUGAAGAGUGUUGUCAGCUGCAGCAACAAAUUAAUAUGAUCCUUGAUUCAGCGAAAUUGCCUCUGCGAAAAUGGUGCUCAAAUUCGCGUAGUGUUCUGAAGCAUAUCGGAAAUUCAAACACUGAUCCACUAUUUGCAUUACGAAUUAAUGCAGACGAUGUAGUUAAGUCUUUAGGAUUAAGUUGGAAGCCAGAAUUGGACGAAUUUCAUUUCGUAAAUCUGUAG